GCUGUUUCUUUUUUAGUUUUAUUUUUUUUAUUUCACCCUAUCUCUUCCUUGCGUCUACUACAUAUAUGCACAUGGGGAAGAGAGGGGAACUUAACUUGGAUACUUGCCUUUGCCUUCCAAAAUCUGGAGUCCAAAAAUACACAGGAGAUAAGCAGCCAUUUGCUCCUGGAAGAAUGAGAGAAGCUUGCGCGCCGGUGCCUCCUGGGGCUCAUGAGGAGGCCUGCAUAGAGCAAAGUGAUGAUCGAUCUGAAGAUGGUUCCUUCUCGGGUUCGUCCAUCGGGUCGUCGUGCUCAUCGGCAUCGGAUCUGAGUGAUGAUGGGAGUUCUUACCGUCCUGGUGAUUAUCUUGAGCCGUCAUCGUCGUCGUCAUCAGCAUCUUCGAGCACAUUGCAGCUGGAUUCUGAAGGGCCGCUCUGUGACUUGUCCUCACUGAUAGCCCAGCUUCCUAUCAGGAGAGGGCUGUCCAACUAUUACCAAGGAAAAUCCCAAUCAUUCACAUCGAUAUCUGAUGCUACAUGUGUUCAGGACCUUGCAAAGAAAAUUACCUACAAUAAGAGGAUGAAGGCGUGCAAAAGCUAUGCAGCAGGACUAGACAUGAAUCAACGAUCAAAUCACUUGCCAAAGCCAUGCAACAAGAUGAUAGCGAAGAGGCCCUCGAAAGGAUCAUUUACCUGUCUGCUGUCAAGACCAAGCAGCACCAGCCUCCUGUGCAGCAGUGCUAAACCACCUACACACCAGAGCAAGAAAGAUGUACAAAUGCAUAUUAACUCGUAACAAAAAAUAUGACCCUGGAAAGUGGAAACAAACAAGUACUAGGGUUUCAGGUAUCCAGUUUCAGCUAACAUGUUGUGCUGCGCUUGUACUGCUCCUUUUCACAAGGAAACUCAACUAUUUUUUUUCUUCUGGGAUCAA